AUGGCGGCGGUGCCGGGCUCGAGCUCCGCCCCGGCUCCGGCCGGCCUGCUGCUGCUGGCCUCGGCCCGGGCCUGGGUGCCGCGUCCGCUGGCGCCGUCUCUCUCCUCGCCGCCGGGCCGGGAGACGCAGCGCCUCCUCCGGCUCCAGCUGAGCGCCGCCCCGGGCCCUGAGCGCUUCCGACUCGGCCUGAGGGGCGGGCCCGACUCGGGGCCCGAAGCGAGCCUUGUUGAGUACAGCCUCAAAGAGAUCUCCUAUGAGGCGAAGACCGCCACGUGUCAUGAACUGAAGGUCUUGGCCCGCCCGGACGACCCCCUCGUCUUCCACUUUGAGGAUGAGCACGAGGCACAGAAGUGGUGGACGGUCAUCAGCAGCUCCCUCCGAGAGGUGCAGAGAGCUACUGAGGGUACCAGCAUGCUCGCGGGACGGCCUCCUCCUCCUCAUCCCUUAGUGGCUGUGAACUCUUUGCCUGUGUCAGAAGUUGAGGCCUCUCUCCCCUUGGAACUUGCGAGGAAAGAAGACCUGGCGAAUCAUCUUUCUGUGGCUAUCGAGCUCGGGAACGAGGAGGAGGCCAUGCGAUGCGCCACGGUGCUCGCUCAUCAGCACGCCACGCUGCGCAUCCUGCUGAAGGAAGCCUGCUACCCCACGAGCGAGAUCAGCAUGAAAGUGCAAGUGGAGGACGCCACGUGCUCCGCCAGCAUCACCACCCGCGUCCACACCUACACCACAAUUGCAACGCUCAGGCAGCAGGUCUUUCAGGAUUAUGGGUUCCACCCCAGUGUCCAGCGCUGGAUCAUUGGCCAGUGCCUUUGCGUGGACGACCGGACUGUCGGCUCCUACGGAAUCCGGAAGGAUGGAGAUACGGCCUUUCUCUACCUACUCUCGGCAAAAGGCGCCAAGCUCUCAGAGCAGCGUUACCAGGAGGACAAAGACUGGGCCGUGCUGCAGCCGGCUCCCUCGUCACUCGCCGACAGCACCGACACCAAGCACAAAUACAGCACUUUGCCCAGCCCUCUGCCGAAGAAAGGUGUGAAAGACAUCAACAGGAAGAUGGACAUUGGGGAGAUCAGCCACUUCCUGGGCGCUCUGCAGCUGAGCCAGCUUCCCAGCCCGGCCCGGGCCCCUCCAGCCGCAACUGCUGCCCCCACUUCCCCUGCGCAGGCGGGCUGGUCGUGUCCCACCUGCACGUUCAUCAACAAGCCCACCCGUCCCGGCUGCGAGAUGUGCAGCACAGAUCGGCCAGCCAACUACGUGGUUCCUGGGAGCUACAAGCCGGAUGAGAUGGAGCUGUGGCGGAUGCAUCAGGAGAAGGAGGGGAUCUUGCAGUACCAGAAGGCCCAGGAGCAGGAUCGGCUGCAGAACUUCCAGCAGCUGUGCCAGCUGGACGAAGAGGCCCUGGUGCCCAACCAGGAGGAGAUUGAGUGCCGCAUCUGCUACCUGGACGUGGCGCCCGGCGAGGGGGUGCUGCUGCGGGAGUGCCUGCACAGCUUCUGCAGGGACUGCCUGCGCCAGCUGGUCAACUGCAGCGAGGAGCCCCAGGUGGCCUGCCCCUUCCGAGACGCCGCCUACGCCUGCAGCAGCCACCUCCAGGACAGGGAGAUCCGGUCGCUGGUGUCGUGGGAGGAGUACGAGCGCUUCCUGGAGCGGCGGCUGUCCGUGGCUGAGAGCCGGGCCCAGAACAGCUACCACUGCCAGACGGCCGACUGCCUGGGCUGGUGCAUCUACGAGGACGACGUCAACGAGUUCCGCUGCCCCAUCUGCUGGGCUCUCAACUGCCUCGUCUGCAAGGCCAUUCACGAGGGCAUGAACUGCAAGCAGUACCAGGACAAGCUGCAGUUCCAGGCCCACAAUGAUGACGAUGCCGCCCGGGAGACCAGCAACAUGCUCAAGAUGCUGGUGCAGCUGGGAGAAGCCCUGCACUGCCCCGUGUGCCGCAUCAUUGUGCAGAAGAAGGGGGGCUGCGAUUGGCUCCGGUGCCCCGUCUGCCAGACGGAGAUCUGCUGGGUGACCAAAGGGCCGCGCUGGGGGCCAGGGGGCCCUGGCGACACCAGCGGAGGCUGCCGGUGUAACGUGGACGGGGAGAGGUGCCACCCGCACUGCCAGAACUGCCACUGAGCGCCAGCUGACGGGACAAGAGGCGGGGCUGGAUGCGGCCAGGCGAGGGCGGCUGCCGCCACUGCCCCGACGCGCCCUCCCAGGGCCGACCGGAGUUUGUCUUUGGGGGCAGGGAGCGAGUCCCUGCCGUGCUUUCCUUUCCCACCCUGGGCUUUUACGCAUGUGGGGGUUAUAGAGAGACACCCCCCGUUCAUGGUUGUGGGGGAGGCUGUGUUCUCUUCCCCACAAUUUACUGACGCGCUCUGCACCUACCUCAGAGAACAAGCAACGCUCACAAGCAGGAUAGUUUUUCCAUGCCUCCCCACUCACUGUGCCUUUGAACACGCCUCCCCUCCCCACUGCACUACCAGAAUCUCGCCCCUUAACCUGUUGCCAAAGCGACGUGGGCCCCUAAGGGCACACCCGGAAGGCGGCCCGUGGCUUUGACUGCACCGUCCUGGGCACAAGCCAGUGCCUGAUGCCCCACGUCCAGGGAGCCGGAUCAGCAUCAAGGGCGCAUCAAGGGC